AUGGAUUCUUGUGUAAUACCGCUGCGUCACAAUGGAUUGCAUUUGGUGCAGACAACGGAUUUCUUCUAUCCGCUGGUAGACGAUCCUUACAUUAUGGGCAAGAUCGCAUGCGCAAACACACUCAGUGACUUGUAUGCCGUUGGAGUAACAAAAUGUGAUAACAUGCUGAUGUUACUUUCGAUAUCCCGCAAAUUGUCAGACCUUGAAAGCAACGUCAUCAUCCCGUUGAUGCUCAGAGGUUUUCGGGACAAAGCCUUGGAAGCGAAAACUUUCGUUCAGGGCGGACAGUCGAUCAUGAAUCCAUGGAUUAUCAUUGGAGGCGUGGCGACGUCUGUUUGCAGUUUUAGCGAGUUAAUUGAGCCAUCCAAUGCGACUCCCGGUGACGUAUUAAUAAUGACUAAGCCGAUCGGCACUCAGGUUGCGGUAAACGCUCAUCAGUGGCUUGAACAGAACCCAGAGAGAUUUUCCUCGAUUACCCCUGUGAUAUCCGAAGAAGAAGUACGAUACGUAUACAGAUUGGCUAUGGUUUACAUGGAAAGAUUAAAUCUGACGGCUGCACAGCUGAUGCACAAAUACGACGCUCACGCCGCUACCGAUGUGACCGGUUUCGGACUGCUAGGACAUGCGCAGAACCUUGUGGAAAUGCAAAAGCAAAAAGUUUCCUUCGUCAUCGAUACCAUCCCCGUGUUGUAUAAAAUGACUGCGGUGUCUGAGCACAGCGGUCGUUUCAAUGUGCUGCGCGGAUGCUCAGCUGAAACAUCAGGUGGCCUGCUGAUUGCGAUGUCGCCUGAAAACGCUGCUGCUUUCUGCAGAGAAAUCGAAUCGAUCGAAAAAUUUCCCGCCUGGAUCGUUGGAAAGGUUGUGGAGGGCGACAGAACUGUCCACUUAUCUGAAACGCCAACAGUUAUUGAGGUCGGUUAA